AUUUUGUUAACUCUUUGCUAUCUAUUGAUAACGAUAAUUGACAAUUUUAGACUUAAUAUGAAAGCCGUAAUACAAAGGGUAACGAAGGCUAGCGUUUCAGGCGAAAAUAUUAUUCUUAAUAAAUAUAUACAAAUAUAUUAAAUAAAGAACUAAGUUUAAAACUAUUGAAACAAAAUGGAAGAAAAAACUGAUAAACAAGAAGCAGGGAAUUCAAAUUUAGAUGAUAAAUUAAACAAUUCUUCUGAAAUAAGAAAUGCAGAAAAUGUGGAAAAUGUGGAAUUAAAGCAAUCUAAAGCUACAAACACAGACGAUGAAUUAUUUAAUUCACGACAAUCGCGAGAAAUUCAAACGGAUACCAACGACCUAGAAUCAGUAGAAAAAUUAAAAAACCGAUUGGACACUUUGAUGAAUUCUUUGGCUACUCUUUCAGCAGAAAAAUCGAAAAUGGAAGCAAAUUUUCAAAUAGAUAAAAAACAAUUAAGAAAUGAACGCGAUGAAUAUGAGAAGGUAAUAAAAGAUUUAAAAGACAAAUUAAAAAAAACACAGAAUUCAAAUCACUCAGAAAUUGAACACGUAAAAUGUAAAUUAAUUAUGGAACGUCACGAGAGAGAAAAGGAACAGGCAGAUCAUGCUAAAAUGAUAAAAGAGCUUCAAAAAUUAUUAUACGAUGAACGUAAGAAUAAAGAACAAUUAGAAGCACAGCUGAAGAGUCAGUUUGCAAAUAAAACACAAUGCAAAAUACUUGAAGCAGAAUUAGAAAUAACUAGGAAUAAAUUAAGACAAGCUGAAGAAGCAGCAAAAGAAACUCCUCCAAUUUUAUUAUCUCUGCAGUCUGAAAUGGCUCUGAUGAAGAAACAGCAUUUGAAUGCGAUACAUGAAGAGCAAAAGAGAGCUGCAACCGCGGAGCAACAGGCCAGAGCUUUAGCAAUGACUCAUGAAGCAAGAGUGGCUGGCUUAGAAGCAAGAUUGGCUGAACUCUCAGAAAUUGUCGGAGGAUACGACAAAAUGAGACAACAAGAUCAGCAAGCAAUUCAAAAACUAAAAGACCAAUUAAUCAGUUUACAAGAUUCUGAGCAUGAUUAUAUUAAUUUAAAUAAUGAGCCUGAAGAGAUUAUCUCUAAGAUAAAGAAUCUUUAUACCAAAUUGUUGGAUUUGGACAAUAAGAAGAAUGAAUCAACACAUGUUAAAUUGUUAUUACACAAUCUAGAAUUGUGUGACAAGCAACACGUUGUUGAUUACAAAGAAAAGUAUGAAAUUUUGUUGCAAGAAUUUGAAGAUUACAAACAACAAUGGAAAUACAGUAAUACAAAUAGGUCCUAUAAUAUUCAGAACCAAAAUAUAGCGUUGUCUCAUGAUAAAAAUAAUAAGACGCAACUACAUCUUUUGAAGGCACAUAGUAAUAAUUUAGAAGAAAGAAUACGUGUUUUGAAUAAUGAAAUUAUAAACAAGGAAAGGGAAUUACAAUUGAAAUUGGAGCAUCAGCAAAAGUCAUUUCAAGAGGAUCGAGAUAAAUUGGAGCACAUGUUAAUACAAAAAGACAACGAAUAUCGAAGUAAAAUAUCUACAUUAGAACAACAGUUACUGCGUCAAAGAGAAAGGUCAAUGGCUCUCAUAGAAGAAAAAGACAAAGAAAUCAUGAAUCUAAAAUCAUCUUUUCAUGCAGCUCUGUCUAAAAAAGAAAGUAUUCAGAAUAAAUCAGAUGAAAAUAAGAGAGAACCUGUUAGUGACUUAAUGACAGGGUUAUUAACAAGUGACAGUCCUCCAAUUCUACAUUACAGUCAAGAAUUAGCUAGAAAAGAAGUUCAGGUAUCAACUUCUCGAAGGAAAGUUUUAGAAUUAGAAGCUACACUACGAGAGAGGCAAAGAGAGAUGGUUCAUAUAAAGGAGAAACAGAAGGAAGAGAUAAAAAGUUUACAGGCACAGAUUGCGAGACUAGAAGCAUGCAAAUCUCGAGAAGGCGCUAAUUUGGAAUAUUUAAAAAACGUUUUCAUUAACUAUUUAACUACCAGUGAUGCUUCUAGUAAACGUCAUAUGUUGAAUGCAAUUUCUACAGUGUUGCGUUUCACUCAAGAGGAGUUAAGUAAGUGAUGGUAAUACUAAUGUACAGAGGCCCUUAAAUAACGUUUCCCCGAGAAAAGUACAUCCUCUUUGUGCACUUCGUCGAAAAAUGAAAAAAAUCAAUGUAAGUUUAUCCACCAUAAUGGACUGUAACUUGGUUUUAUCUGCAAGUACUUUUAUACCAAUUAAAAUGCUGCCUCAUUCAAUUCGGAGAUCCUAGAACACAGUAAUGUACAGUACUGGGCACGGAGACUUCUCUAAGGUGAAUGGCAAUAGAGGGGAGAUGGCCCCAUAUAUGUAUAUGAUGUUAGGGCCCUAUCCUUGCAUGGAUGUUUGCGCGGGAAAUUUGGAUUGAUAUUGCAUAUUUCUUAGUUAUAUACUAAAUUUGCUCAUGUUUAAUAAUUAAAAAUUAUAUUGUGAA